AUGACGAAACCCAAGAAGGACGUCAAGUUCAACCACCGCGAGCGGAGGAUGAGCAACAAGAGCAGCAUGUCCGAUAUCAACUACGACUCGCCCACCGACGAGAGGAGUCCAACGCGGAGCAAUGGAGCUAAGAGCCCGACUCGCAAUGGCACUCUGCACAAGGAGAGGUCGAUAAAGGAAGAGGAGAAUGAACGGCCAUCAUUCGAGCGGACAGAUACCACCGCGAGUGGGUGGGCGACGGAGAAUGAAGAUGAGAAGCCCCAGGUGAAAGAGCCUUCGGAAUUCGAGAAAAAGAAGCAGACCUUCAUCACACGCGCCAUAUGGACAUUCGUGAUGAUUGGCAUCUUCUUUGGAUCCAUGUUCGCGGGACACAUCUACAUCAUCAUUAUCGUGACGGCCGUCCAGAUUAUCUCGUUCAAGGAGGUGAUAGCCAUCUCGAACGUACCCAGCAGAGCACGGUCAUUACGGUUUACGAAGACCCUCAAUUGGUACUUCCUGGGCUCGACCAUGUACUUUCUAUACGGAGAGAGUGUGAUUUACUACUUCAAGCACAUUGUUCUGAUUGACCGCGUGUUGCUGCCAUUUGCAACGCAUCAUCGGUUCAUCAGCUUCAUGCUUUACGUCAUUGGAUUCGUCUUCUUCGUUGGAUCGCUUCAAAAGGGACACUACAAGUUCCAGUUCACCCAAUUCGCCUGGACGCACAUGGCCCUGUACUUGAUUGUGGUGCAAGCCCACUUCAUCAUGAACAACAUCUUCGAGGGCAUGAUCUGGUUCUUCCUGCCCGUGAGCUUGGUCAUCAUCAACGACAUCUUUGCCUACGUGUGCGGUAUCACAUUUGGAAGGACACAGCUCAUCAAGAUCUCGCCCAAGAAGACAGUCGAAGGCUUCGUCGGCGCAUGGAUCUGCACCAUCAUCAUCGGCUUCUUCUUCACCAACCUACUUAUGCGAUCGAGGUACUUCAUCUGUCCUGUUAACGACCUGGGCGCCAACAUCUUCACUGGCCUCGAAUGCGAUGUCAAUCCGGUCUUCAUCGCCCAGACUUUCCACAUUCCCUUCAUCCCCCACACCUGGACUUUCCUUCCCACCCACAUCACCGUUGCACCGAUGCAAUUCCACAUCCUGGCCAUGGCUACCUUCGCCUCGCUGAUUGCACCAUUCGGUGGCUUCUUUGCGUCCGGCCUCAAGCGAACAUUCAACAUCAAGGACUUUGGCGAUUCCAUUCCUGGCCAUGGCGGCAUGACAGACCGCAUGGAUUGUCAGUUCAUCAUGGGCUUCUUCGCCUUCAUGUACUACCAGAGCUUUAUCGCGGUGCACAAGGCAUCGGUUGGAGGAGUCAUCGAAACGGCGAUCACAGGGUUGUCGCCAGAAGAGCAGAUGGCGGUGGUCAAGGGCCUCGCGCAGCAUCUGUACAACCAAGGAGCUGUGAGCUCGAAGGUGGUCGAGUUCCUCGGGGAGAAUCUGCAGAGUGCGCUGAAGAAGAGAUGA